AUGGUUAAUCCAUUAAAUAUUGAAUUGAAAAAUCAAGAAUCACCUUGUCGAAAAACAAAUAAUUUCAGGUUUUCACAUGACGAUUGGCAUUUUAAUAAUUUCUCAAGGUUCCAAUGCUCCGAAACUCAACAACAGUUAGCGCGUCAAAUAAUUGCAAAAUCUGAAAAAGUAUGCGAGCUUAGUACUGAAGCCGUCAAGUCUAAUAAAGAUGCGACAAAUCAUUAUCUCGAAGAAAGAAUCAAUGAAAUCGAAUAUUGUAAGCAAGAGCUUAUUCGUAAUAGAAAUGAGCUGCCUUCAGAAAUUGACGCGCUCACGACUUACGAAAAUCGACUUACACAUUCUGUAUCGUCAUUGAGACGCAAUGCUCUUGACAUAUGCAUGAAAUGUAUAUCAGCAAGAGAGCAUAGAUUAGGAAUCGAUUUGGCAAACGAUAGUGUUGAAAAAGAAUUGCGUCAGGAGUGUGAAGGAAUAAAAUGUGCAAAUUAUUUGUUGUCACAAACGCUCGACAAGACCCAUGAGCAACUACGACGUUUAAAAUCAUCUCUUUACAGUAUUGAUCGCGAUCUGGAAGAUAAAGAAAAUAAUUUACGCAUUGAUCGUCAUAAUCUGACUCUCAAAGAAACUAGCUUGAAUCUUAGCAUUUAUCAUGGAAAAAAUUCAUUAAAUGCAUCGAGCAUUACAAAAGACGAGUGGGAAAUGUUAACGAAAAAGAACAUUGAGGAAUCGGCAAAAGAAAUCUUAACUGGGAAAAAGAUUCGAUCCAACAUUGAUCGUAUUUUAAAACAAAUUAUUGAUGAUCUGAUCAAGCAAAAGGCAGCUACAGACGAAGCUUUCAGACUCAGAAUCGAAGAAACUAAAGAAAUAAAGGGAAAAUUAGAACUCCAACAUUCGGCAAUCAUGAGACAAGCCCAUGAGAUGACAAGGAAUAUUACAAAAUUAGAAAAAGUAAUAGCUGAAAAAGAGGCGUUUAUAGCAUUAGCACAUACUAGAUUAGGCAAUCGUUGUCAUAGACCUGGACUGGAGCUUACUUGCGAUCAAGUUGAAAAAAGUCUUACAAAGGAAAUUGCUGAUCUGAGGGAAGUAGUUACUCAACUUCAGCAAACGCUUUUUGAAGCGCAAGCUUCACUUCGCUUCUUACUAAAAACACAAAUGCAACUUGAAGAAGACAUUAAUAUAAAAACCAAUUCAUUGAAAAUCGACGAAGUUUAUUGUAUGACUUUGCGCCGAAGUAUAGAUUAUCACAUUUUUUAA